AUGUCCCACUUUCUCCCUUCUGCUGCUCAACAACCAGCCGCCAUCUGUGCUCUUAAGACCCCAGGGGAUGCGAUCAUGAUACUCGAGGCUGCCCGUCAAGGUCUGGUACCCAGGGUAACGAGACGUUUGACAAGUCAUGAGAGGAUGUUGAUCGGACCGGGUACUGUGUGGGUUUGGGAAGAACAGGAAACAAAUAUGCGUCGGUGGACCGAUGGAAGACGAUGGGGAGCUAGUAGGGUAGGCAGUGGUGGAUUUCUCAUCUACACAGAGUCGUCCGACUCUUUACCACCGAUACGAAUGUCAUCCGACUCUCCUCCUCAUUCCACAUCUCAUCCAUAUCUCACUAUAGCCGAACCCCUUCUCAAACAAACCUAUACGGCAACAAUGACCGACCCACACACUUCUAGGCAAAGCAACUUCCACAUCGUAGCCUACUCGUCGAAGCACAACCCUCAGGGAGAAGCGGACAAACCGUUACCUGGACCACAUGAAUUGUAUCAUUUGGCAAGUCUACAAAUACCUCCUGGUAUCUGGCCAGAUCUGGACUCUCGACCUGAUCGCUCGGAUCGUUCUGAUUCUGGGACAAGUUCCGAGUUUGGUGACCGUUCAGAUCGAUGUGACAUUUUGGAACGUUCCAACUCCCUCGGUCCAGUCCGGAGACGCACCACGAGACGUUCAACUCUGUGUUCCCCUGAUGGUAGUAUUGGACGAGCUCGUAGUGAUUCGACUUCUUCAACAUCUUCUGCACCUUUCGAUGGAAGACGUUAUUUCUCACCUCCUAUCGACCCUCGAUCCUUCUACGGAGCUCAAUCCCCUAAUCCGUCGAUCCCUUCCACCCGUAGCGUCAGUCCAUGUCCCAGCAUGGCUUCGUCUCGUAGUUCCCAUAUGAGUCCUGCUUUUGGUGCUCAUCCCUUCUUUCACCCUUACGCCAAUUAUCCUCGUCCUCCACCUCAUGUUCAUCAGCUUCAUCAAGUUUACCAACCUCAGAUUCGUCCUCCGAUGCCUCAUCAAGGAGCUUACUAUGACCCACGAGUCAGGCAACUCCUACCUGCCUUUGUCACUCAACGAGGAAGAGAGUUGGGACCAUUCGAACCUCCACAACAUCCUAUUCAUCAGCUGCCAGGUCCUCGUCGACCAUCACCAGAAAUGGUGCAUCCCACAAUUCAGGGAUUACCUUCGCCAGCUCUCACACCCGAUCGUCGUACCAUACCCCUGCCCAGGACCAAUAAGCUCACUCCGCCAGAGAUGUUUCCCCAUCUGUUGGGCAGGGGUAAUUCUCUGAAAAUGUCCAUCCAAGGAGCAUUACUGAACAGUCCGCACCCCAAGAACGACAUGAGCUCGGGGAUAACCCUCCCGCCCCUUAGGAUAAAUCCGGAGGAGGAGAGGAUCAUCAGAAGAGAGACGGAGAGUCAAGAGAGGAAAGUGCUGGAAGACACUCCGCGGCAAAGUAGUGCAGUGGGAGGAGAAUAG